UAACACACAACAAAGGAAACAGUCAGUUUACGUACACACCUCCUAGCUUACCAUCUUCUUAUUUUGCCAGCCAAAACCCUAGCUAGCCAUGGCCAGCCAUAGCCUGCUUGUACUAUCUAUGAUCUUGGUCCUGCAUUCUAUUAUAUCCAUGGCAUCUGCAUCCCUUUCCUGUGUUCUUCAGUGUGAGUCCGAGGUAAACUUGCACUUGUACUUGCACCAAAUCGCCUCCGGGCCGGGCACCAACCAGGUAGUAAUUGUUACCUCCAGCAAAGCAUCCGAUUUUGGUCUAACUUCCGUCACCGACUGGGCUGUAAUUGAUGGACCAAACCCUGCUACUGCCACCAUUGUUGCCCGUACCAAAGGCAUGCAAGUGCAGGCUGAUGUAGCCGGUCCAGGCUGGUUCAACUACUUCAGCAUGGUGUUUGAGAAAAACUCCAGGUACAAUGGAUCAUCUUUCGAAGCCAUGGGGAUCAACUUUCAAACAGGCCAAGGUCAGAUGGCCAUUAUGGGUGGGACUGGAGAGUUUGCUAUGGCACGUGGGAUCAUCAAGUACAACGCACUCCCCAACCCCCCUACGUUCCAAACUAUUAAAGAACUUAAUAUCCGCGCAUUCUAUGUCAAACCUGCUGAUACUACAUCUGGCGGGGCCAUCCAGUAAUAGGUUGAAAACCUACGUGGACUGUAGCUACCCAUAUACGGAUAGCUGUGGAAGGAACUAUACAAGCUUGUCAAGCAAUCUGUGGAUUUUUAGCCUGGGAUAUUCUAUUUAAUUAUCUGAAAAUCAACGUCUGUGUGUUUAUUAUUGUUAUGAUAUAUGUUUUGUUUUGUGCCAGAGAUCAUUUCUCAUCAA